UCCGGCAAGACUCGAGGUUCCUGAGGUUUAAGGCCACUGACUUCAGCUGGCGAGCGCAGAAGUGCAUAUCGUUGCCACUGCUGCUACUUGAGUUUCUCCUUUUCCUGAAGUUUUUAGGUCAGAAGAACUGCAUACCAGGGACUCCCUCCAGCUCUUCCCAGACCCAGGCCUGUGUGGCUCUCUCUCAGGGUUCUACAAUAGUGAGGAGCAGGUCUGUGAGUGUUCGUGGUGUCUUUAUUCUCUUCACACUUAUUGAAAAGUGUGUAUGGGAGAGUGUGCUGUGUGUGUAUGUCAGAGGACAGAAGAGAAAGGCAGAAAGACUCAUCGAUUCUGCGGCCUCAACUUCAGCCUCCCUUAGCCAGCAGCUUCUGUAGCCAGGCUGGUCUCUCCUGGCACAUAGCUCCGAGAUGAAGGACCCCUGGAAAAUCCUUAUGGCGGCUCCUCUGUUGCUUCUCCUGCCCCUUCACACCUCGGCCUCUCCAGCUUACGAUGACCAGUCUGCACGACACUCCGAUGGCCACACUUGUGUAGGGUGUGUGCUGGUGGUCUCUAUGAUUGAACAGCUUGCCCAGGUUCACAACUCCACGGUCCAGGCAUCAAUGGAGAGACUGUGCAGCUACCUGCCUGAAAAACUGUCCUUGAAGACCACCUGCUAUUUAGUGGUUCACUUGUUUGGACCAGACAUCAUAAAACUGCUUAGUGCGGAUAGGAAUGCUGAUGUGGUGUGUCACACCCUGGAGUUUUGUAAACAGGACCCUGGCCAACCAUUGUGUCACCUCUACCCCCUUCCCAAGGAGGCAUGGAAACUUACACUAGAGAAGGCAAGACAGAUUGUCAAGAAAUCUCCGACUUUGAAAUAUUCCAGAAGUGGUUCUGAUAUUUGUUCCCUCCCAUUUUUGGCCAAGAUCUGUCAGAAGAUUAAAUUAGCUAUAAAAAAUUCUAUGCCAUUCAAAGACGUAGAUUCAGACAAAUACAGUGUUUUCCCAACACUGCGGGGCUAUCACUGGCGAGGAAGAGAUUGUAAUGACAGCAACGGGAUGGUGUACCCGGGCAGAAGGCCGGACAACUGGGAUAUACAUCAGGAUUCAAACUGUAAUGGCAUUUGGGGUGUUGAUCCAAAAGAUGGAAUUCCAUAUGAGAAGAAAUUCUGUGAAGGUUCACAGCCCAGGGGAAUCAUUUUGCUGGGAGACUCAGCUGGGGCUCAUUUUCACAUCCCUCCCGAGUGGAUCACAGCUUCGCAGAUGUCUUUGAAAUCCUUCUUGAAUUUACCAACAGCUGUUACUGAUGAGCUAGACUGGCCCCAACUCUCUGGCGUUACUGGAUUUCUGAACUCCACUAGUGGAGUUAAAGAAAACUCGAUUUACCUUCGUUUACGGAAAAGAAACCACUGCAAUCACAGGGACUACCAGAAUAUUUCAAGAAAUGGUGCAUCUUCCCAAAACCUGGAGACAUUUGUAGAAAGUUUGUCUAGGAACCAACUGUUGGACCAUCCAGCCAUCGUCAUAUAUGCCAUGAUUGGAAAUGAUGUCUGCAACGGAAAGAAUGAUCCAGUUCCAGAAAUGACCACUCCCAAGAAAUUGUACUCCAAAGUCAUGCAGACUCUGCAGUAUCUAAAUUCUCACUUGCCAAAUGGCAGCCACGUUAUUUUAUACGGCUUACCAGAUGGAACCUUUCUCUGGGAUAAUUUGCACAGCAGAUAUCAUCCUCUCGGCCAGCUAAAUAAGGACGUGACCUAUGCACAUUUCUACUCCUUCCUGAGCUGUGUCCAGGUCAGCCCCUGCCUUGGCUGGAUGUCUUCCAACAAGACGCUCCGGACUCUCACUACAGAGAGAGCAGAACAACUCUCCAAUACACUGAAAAAAAUUGCAACCAGCGAGAAAUUUGCAAACUUCAAUCUUUUCUACAUGGAUUUUGACUUCCGAGAAAUCACGGAGGAGUGGAAGAAGAGAGGUGGACAGCCCUGGCAGCUCAUUGAACCCGUCGAUGGAUUCCAUCCCAACGAGGUGGCUUCGCUGCUGUUGGCAGAUCGCUUCUGGAAGAAGGUGCAGCUCCAGUGGCCCCAGGUUCUGGGAAAGGAGAAUCCAUUCAACCCGCAGAUUGAACAGGUGUUUGGAGACCAAGGGGGGCACUGAGUCCCUCAGGGACACACACUCCUGGGAGCUCAGGGAGGCACAAACCCUGGUAAACUCUUUCAACAAAUAAUUAUGAGGCUGCCAUGUCACAGGCUCAUAGGAUCCUCAUU